GAUAACUACCUCAUACAUACACGUAUGAGAAUGAUACUAGCACGCACACAUAGACCCAGAGUCUUGUAGACUGGCCGGCCGGCAGACGUGUUGUGUGUAAAAUAAGAAAUUGAAAAGUUAUUUCGAAGAAAACAUGUCUGUCGCUGUUAAGAAAGGAGUAUACAUAGUGGCGGGUAAGCGCACGCCGUUCGGGCGAUACGGGGGCCAGCUUCGCUCCGUGCACCCGGCCGACCUCGCCGCCGCCACGUUCAAGGACGCGCUGGCCGCCGCCCGUGUCGCCCCCGCUAGCGUCGACACGGUCAAUGUCGGGAUUGUUAAUACGGUUAGUGGUUCCCUGGACGGCGGGUUCGUGGCUCGUCACUCGGCGCUGAAGGCCGGCAUCCCGCAGGAGACCCCCGCGCUCGGGGUCAAUCGCCUCUGCGGCUCCGGCUUCCAGGCCAUCGUUAAUAGUGCUCAGGACAUCCUGACCGGCACAGCGCAGAUCUCGCUCGCCGGCGGUGCGGAGAGCAUGUCUUCAAUGCCGUUCCUCGUCAGAAACACACGCUUCGGAGUCCCCCUAGGAGCCAACGUAGACUUCGAAGACUCUCUAUUCAAGAGUACUCUGGACACGCAUUGUAACUUCACCAUGCCGCAGACUGCUGAGAAUUUGGCGGAGAAAUACGAGCUGAAGCGAGGAGAGGUGGAUGAGUUCGCUCUGGAGUCACAGCGCAAGUGGAAGGCUGCAUUCGACGCCGGCGCCUUCACCUCCGAGCUCACUCCCAUCUCCAUCACGGUGAAGAAGCAGCCAGUGACAGUAUCUAGGGAUGAGCACCCGCGCCCCGACACCACGCCCGAGGCGCUGGCCGCGCUGCCCGUGCUGUUCAGGAAGGGGGGCGUUGUUACUGCUGGGAACUCUUCCGGUAUAAACGACGGCGCCGGCUGCGUGCUCCUAGCCAGCGAGGAAGCAGUCCGCCAACACUCCCUCACGCCACUAGCCCGCCUGCUCGGCUGGAGCUUCGUGGGGGUGGACCCCAGCGUCAUGGGCAUCGGCCCCGUGCCGGCCAUCAGGAACGUGUUGAGAGAAACGGGGGUGAAGCUGGAGGAUGUUGACUUGGUUGAGAUAAACGAAGCGUUCGCCGCCCAGACCCUGGCUUGCGCCAAGGAGCUAGGGCUGGACCGCGGCCGGCUCAACGUGAACGGAGGCGCCAUCGCCAUGGGGCACCCGGUGGGCGCGUCGGGGGCGCGGAUCAUGGCGCAUCUGGCUCAUGAACUCAGACGCCGCGGCCUGAAGCGCGGCAUCGGCUCGGCCUGCAUCGGCGGCGGGCAGGGCAUCGCGCUCCUCAUUGAGACAGUUUAAAUGAUUAUGUAAUUUU